AUGUCGACAGCGCCUUACUCGGAAUGGGAACCCUACAAGGCCACGAUCGAGCGGAUAUACAUCCAUGAGGGGAAGACGCAAAGAGAGCUGGGCCGGAUCAUGACAACAGCUCACGGAUUUCGAAAAACAAAAGCCCAGUACGAAAAAGCGUUCGAGCGAUGGGGCUUCAAGAAGUACAAAAUGACAUCCGAGAAGUGGAAGUUCAUCAAACAUCGCAUGGAGAAGAGAAAGAGAGAGAAUGGCAAGGAAAGUGAGGUGUAUAUCAAUGGAGUCCGCUGUCCACCAAGAAAGGUCCGGUAUGAGAUUGGACGACACGCCUUUGAAUCCACCAUGGAGAAGUUUACUUCAGUUCCUUCCCCCAAAACUCCGGAAGGAGUGAUAGUCUGUUCUCCCGAACCGACGACAUGGCAACCACGAUGGCCUUCAAAUCUUCCCUGGUUUUAUUUCUCCCGAAUCGCUCUUUCCCAGACUUUGCAGGGAAACUUGCUGUCUGAACACCCGUCAAAUUCCCUUGCUCUUCAAAGCGCUGGAUCAGUGAAAACACAGCUGAGAGAUGAGAUGACCCAUGUCCUGGGCAAUUUGCUGGCCCAGAAGAGGGCCAGAUCCCUCGAGAAGAUAUUGAAUGCUACUAUGCCCGAAGAAUACGAUAACCAGCACCAAGUGGUAUCUGAGAAGAUCCACUGCAACAGCGAGUUACACCUGCAGGAGUUCGUGCAGAUUGCCAUGUUUCUUUUGUCCAACAAUCAAUUUCCCGGACAUUACGGAAACUCUUCCUUCUAUCACGUUGAGCAUGAAUACAAAAAAGGCGAAGUCAUGAUGAAUAUCCUACGCCUUUUUGGAGGUCUGAACAUCUCAAACAUGAGGCGUUUAGUAUCCCUGAAGGGAGCAACGGCCGAAGCAAUUUCCGAAAAGUUGUUUGAAUGUGCCCUCAGAACUUCGGAUCUUGAAGUCAUUCAAACCAUGCUGGAAGCUGGGAUGAGUCCAGAUUCACCCAUCACAACUGCUCAAGGGACAAGCCUCAGCCCGUUGGUCCACGCAGCCAGGCUGACAAACACGAGAAUUUCUUGUGAGAUGACUCGCUUGCUCUUGAAACAUAAGGCAGAUCUCAACCACAGAGAGGCUGGAAAAUCAGCACUUGGUUUGGCCAUCAAUUUUGGAAAUGAGGAGCUGCUCAAGUUGCUUCUCUCCAAUGGCGUUCAACUCCCACCAAGGCCACUGCGCUUUUUUCAUCAAUGGGUCUCUCCGACUAGGAUCAUUCAAGUCCUUCUAGAUGCUGGUCUCGACAUUGAAGAAAGACCUGCUCGGAACACACACGGCACGUUACUUGGUUACGCUGUCAAGAAGGGAUAUGCGGACUUAGCAACCCUACUACUUUCACGAGGUGCAGACGUCGAUACAUUACACCCGAUACAAUUCAAUCAAAGUCUUUAUUCCAAAGCAGAGCAAAGUCCUGAUCUGAAAAGGCCAAAAGUUACUCGGUCAAGAUCUCAUCGCAACUAUGAAACAACGGCGUUAGGAUUUGCGGCGUGCAGAGGGGAUGUUCCAAUGAUGCAGAGACUUCUUGCAGCAAAUGCGACUGUCAAUAGAACAGACAUUGAUUCAAGCAACUAUAUACCACCGCUCGUGUUGGCCGUGAACGAAAGAAAACCAGAGGCCACUGCCCUUUUACUGAAAAAAGGAGCCAAUCUCCAUGCUGCGGAUGAAUUCAGAGCGUCACAUGAGACGACACACAAGACACUCUUCGAGCGAGCUUUAGAUGCAAACGACCUUCAAAUGUGUAAGAUACUACUGGCUGGCGGAGCCAAGGCAGAAGAGCAGUCUAUGCAGAAUUAUUGCUCUUCUCAACUGUGGGACCACGCUGAGCAGCGUGAUACCGCAGCAGUAGCACAGCUCUUGAGAUUUGGAGCCCGACCAAAUGAUUUGAGAGAGGGUCUUCCUAACAGUGCACUGGGAUUGGCUAUCAUGCAAGGCAACUGGACGAUGAUAUCUCUACUGCAACGCGGCGGCGCUACAGGAGUAGGACAUAUGAUUCCAUUCAUUGCCAGCGUGGAGACUGCAGUCUUUCUGCAGCAGGUCAGCCUAUUGGCGCCACUUCUUGCGGCCAAUGGACGAAUGAUACUCAUUGCUGCAAUUAUCGCGGAGAACCAGGCUUUGAUCAAUCUUCUUCUGAGCCACAGGGCGGACCAACAGGGUCCGACGUUUGAAAUUGCACCCAGCAAGCCAGAGACAAAUAUCAGAACUCCACUAGAAGCAGCAAUGUGCUGUGGCAACCUAAAGCUAGCACAAUACAUCAUAAGUCGCGGGGGCAAGAUCAGGGAAGCGGAUAUUAAUGCAAUUAUGUGGAGAGCACGAACAACCCAAGAUGAGUACAUUGUGCCGACUUUCAUCGACAUGUUCGGGCCAUUUACCCUCUCUUGUCCAACUGUAAUUGCGGCGGCUAUUUGCGCCAACGACGAAGCCCUCAUUCAUCUUUUAUUGAGGAAUGGAAUUGAUCCACGUGGUACACCAGAAAUGAUGAUCAAGAGUCGCGGUCGGAAUAUUUUGAAACCCAAGUCAUUGCUCUUUCCACACACAUACGAGAUACUGGGCUGGUGGAAUCCAUCCUCUUCGAAGCGAAUAUGCUACCCCCUUGAUUCCGUACUCGAAUGGGCAGUGAUGCAGGGCAACCAAUCAAUUCUACAAGCUCUUUUGGGAGCAACAACAUGGACAAGGGAAGAGAAGGGACGGGCAUUGUCGCUCAGCUUACACUUUUGGGAAAGACGAUUUUUCCGAGAUUUGCUGGAUGCCGAUGCAGACAUACAUCAAGAUUUCUUGCUCAUUGACAAAAUCCUCAAUCGGCCUUCAGAACCUGUGCGUCUCGCAUUGAUGGAGCACGAUGUUUCUCUACUGCGUACUUUGCUCGGCGUCGAUCCCAUCAUUGACCACAUCAAGUGGCAUAAAUAUAUGCAAUACGCCAUCCAACACGGAAGCAUUGAACAAAUCAAGAUCCUCUUGAGAGCCGAGCCCGCUCCCAAAAGCAUCACAGAAACCUUUAACGGAGACUCGAUCUUACAGACCGCGGCGAAAGCCGGGAGAAUUGAAAUUGUGCAUUUGCUUCUGGAAGCAGGAGCUGAUGUCAACGAGAUCCAAAAGCAAUCAAGGGAUAUAUCUGUGCCCGGCAAGACAGCGUUGCAAAUUGCCGGUGAAGCGGGAAACAUAGAACUCAUGAAGAUUCUUCUGAGGGCAGGUGCGAACAUUCAAACCACAUCAAUGAUCAUAGCUCCAAAGUCUACUCUGUGGCAUGCAGUGCAAGCAGAGGAUUUAGAGGUUGUGGACAUUGUCUUGAAAGCAGGGGCAGAUGUCAACGAGCCCCCUGUUGGGUAUGGCGGCAUGACACCGCUGCAGUGCGCCGCCAAGCAAGGAAACAUGGAACUUGUGGACUUGCUGCUACAAGCUGGCGCAAACGUGAAUCAGGACCCGGCGGCUCGCGGUGGUGCGACGGCGUUGCAGUUCGCUGCAAUCCAAGGCUACAUAGGAAUUGCACGCAAGCUACUCGAUGCAGGUGCUAGCGUCCAAGCCAACAAAUCUCAGAGGUAUGGUCGAACGGCUUUAGAGGGUGCUGCUGAACAUGGCCGAUUGGAUAUGUUGCAACUUCUGUUGAAUGAGGGGGUUCUGAUUGAGGGACCUGGCCGGAUAGAGUAUAUUAGAGCUAUCAAACUGGCGCAGAACAAUGCGCACCAUGCCGUUGCCAGGUUUCUGAGAUCAUUUUCUGAUUGGACUGAGUCGGAUUCUGUGUGCUACGAGGAACAGUUGUUUGACCAGUAUGAGGAACACAUGUUGGUUAAGGUAGGCAAAAUGGUUAAGACGGGGUUUCAGGGUGGAAUUACAAAAGAAGUGAUAUGUUGA